CUAACCUCCAUCCUUAUUGAAAGAAGAAGACUUUAUGGUUAGGUUUUAAGUUUGACGCAAAAAUUUAAAAAUAAAGAAGUAAAGAUACAGCAAGGGCAAAAAUGGAUGAUAAGGAGCAAGAAAAAAUCUCUGAUUAUGAAAAGGACCUAGGCGAACACGCCCUUGCUGAGUUUAAAAAAAAAAACUACGCGGGCUGCUUGCAGAUCAUCAAUAAAUUGGAAAACAGUCGGCCAAACGAUUUUAAAGUAUUGCAUAACAAAAUCGUGAUUGAAUAUUAUAAAACCGAUUUAAAGAAGUCAGAAACUUUCCAAAAGAGUCUUACUGCCCUGUGCAAUCAUUUCAAAAUUAAAGUCGAUAAAUUGGAGGAAAUUGAUUAUUGCAUCGCGCAGUUUAAUCAGGCAUUGCUGUUGUACCACCAGCGGCAUUUUACCCUUGCCCAGCGAAUAAUAGAUCGCGUUUAUAAAUUUAUCGAGCCAAUUGAAGAGAAUCUGGCCAAGCAGGUGAGUUUACUGGCGAUCGAGCUGCAGCUGAGUUUAAGGCAACCUGAUAAGGCAUUAACACUGAUCAAUUAUUUGGAGAAUAAUUUAAUGUAUGGUGGCAGUAUACCACUGAAAGGUCUCGAUAAGUCUGGUAGAGAUAAAAAGAUUCAGUUGCCCCCGCCGAAACCCAUACCGGAAGAGUUUCAAAAAAAGUUGUCGAAGUAUAAAGUUAGGUGCUACUUAAUGAACCAUUCCUUUAAUAUUUUAGCUAAAGAGGUGCCCUUAUUACUGAAAGAAAAAGAUAACAUAGAUGCACUUUUUUUGUCCGCAAACUUGGAGUACUUAAAGGGCAACUUUAAAGAGUCUCUUAAAAUUUUAUCUUUGAUCCCCGAAGACAGUUUGAGUUACAAUGAAAGCGGUGAAUCAUCGAAAAUCAUGUUGAGCAAUAACGUGGGUCUCUUGCACCACGCGAUGGGCAAACCCAACCUGGCCUGUCAUUAUUUCCAGACGGCGCUCAAAGACGAUACCAAACUGGCGCAGAAUUUAACGAAAAAGGACGAAAACGGCGAACAUCUCUACACCUCCGGCGGCUAUAAGUACCACGAAUUGAUGUACAAUUUGGGUUUGGCGCUGCUUUAUGCGGACAGGCCCGCUCACGCGUUCGACUGUUUCAUCGUGUGCGUUAGACGGUAUCACAGAAAUUCACGGUUAUGGCUCAGGAUCGCCGAGUGCUGCAUCGCCGUACAUAAAGGGUCCAACGAAGUCGAUUUCGACAUCCAAAAGAGGCAGAAGGAACUGAUCGUCAAGGUGGCGGGAUCGAAAGACAAGCAGAAAGCAAUACUCACCACCAAUUUGUCCAAAGACAAAAAAUACAGCUCCGAGACCCAGUCUUACGCGGUGCCCGUGCCUUCCUUGGAGUUUGCGUCGCUGUGUUUGCGUAAUGCCUAUCUCCUGAUACCUUCGGACAAAAAAACGCCUCCCGUACCACUGUUUCUCAUGCCAGGGGUUUUGCCGCCCGCUCCACCUCCCAAUCCAAGCCUGUCUCCUUCCAACCCCUCGUCGAUCCUCGGAAUAGCUAAUUUAAAGAACUCCAUUUUGGCCGCUAGCGCUUAUGUGUCUUUGUGCUUGGGCGAUUAUGUCAUGGGGCUGAAUUACUCGAACGAAUUGUCUUCACAACCUCAAGUCUCCGGCAUACACAGAUUAUUGGCUCGUUUGUAUGCGGCUGAAUGUCUGGUUCUUCUUGACAAAAUACCCGAGGCCUUGGAGCACCUGAGACCCGACAAUGUGCAGGAUUUAUCAUUUGAUUUUCAGGCCUCAGACAACAAAAACGAAGAGUGUCAGCUUAAGACCAAUCCGCCGCCUAGUUGGUUUCCUAAAACGUUAGCUAGCGCUCACGCUACGAUGGAGUAUAAUCUGGCGGUCGCAAAGACCAUUAGGGGCCAAUUGGAUCAGGCCGCCACGCUGUUGACGCAGAUAUGGCAGCGAAAGGGGCCCGAAUGUCAAGUACCCGCGCACAUAGUCAUGCUGGUUAUAUAUAUUGAACUGAAGUUGGGCCACGCGGAGAUCGCGAGGAAUCUGCUGAGACAGCAUUCGUUUCAAUAUCGCAUUACCUCGUGAUGACUUAAUUAGAAUAAAUACUAAACCUGGUAUUUUUAUUUUAAACCUCCAUGCCUACCUCUUGUUAAAAGUUU